AUGUACCUGUACUCUCCAGAGCAGCUCCAGAAGCAGAGUAACAAGCCUGUGGUUGAGCAGGUGGUCAAACGCUUGGUAGAACCUUUUCGCAGUCAAAGGCACAUUGUUCUGCUAGACAACUCUGCAUGGAAGGAGAGCAGAAUCAAAACCAUCCUCUCUGGAUUAGAGGUUAAUAUUCACUUUACACCAUCAGCAAAGAUGCUAACUAUCCACCCUUCAUCAUCCCCAUCUAUAUCAGAUACAUCAGAGGAUUCAAAGUCAGAACUCAUAGCCCACAUUCAAGGCUGGAUUGGACCUGCUCUGUUCCCUCUGUCAGACCUGAAAGGACCUGGGGCAGAUGCAUUUAUGCCGGGCUUUUGGGCAACUCUUCACAUGGUCUGCAUCAACACGUAUAUGCUCCACUCUCUGCAGAGUCAGGGCUCGGGAAGGAACGUUCUUCUGACUGGGUUCACCAGGGUUCUGGCCGCUCAGCUAGCUACAGAUAACAGCAUGGCUGUGCCCAAUUUGAAGAAUGCCCUGGUUAGUGAUCAGACCUUCACAAUUCCACCAGAGAUUGUACAAAAAGAGAGUCUGCCACACAAUGAGGUUUCACUGGGUCCUAUUUUCAUCAACUUACUGUCAAACAGCUGUGUUCAAAUGACAGAGAAUGUUAAAUGCAGCUUGGGGAGGAGGCUACAGAACAAGCAGAACAGACCAGGAGUGUGUGGGUUGGAAAACUCUGGCAAUUCAUGCUACUUAAAUGCUGUGCUACAGUGUCUCUGUUCAACCAUGCCCCUUGUAAACUACCUACUUAAUCAGGAUAUACGCAAAGAGCUGGCAAAGUGUGAGUGUAGGGUGGCACAGGUUUUUGUCCGGCUGCUGGAGAAGAUGUGGCUGGGGAGCAGCUCCAGCUGUGCCCCUGUUGAGGCCAGGUCUAUGCUGUGCUCCAUCUUUCCCCAGUUUGACAACUACACCCAGCAAGACGCACAGGAACUGCUGCUCCAUCUCCUUAAUGCCCUCCACGAAGACUUAAAAAAGAUGCAUUUCUUAGGACAACAGCCGGGAGAGAAACAGAGCAGGAGCUCCACAACUGAGUCCACCAUUGUCUCAGAUCUGUUUGAAGGCCGGCUCAGCUACCUGACCCACUUCGUGCGGUGUGGUCACCAGGCGCACAACGCUCAAACCUUCACCGUGCUGUCACUUCCAAUUCCAAAAGACAACAAGAAUUGCUCCAUUCAGGAUUGCUUAUCUCUGUACUUUGAGGAAACUGUCCUGACUGGGACUGAGCAGAGUGUCUGCUCGGCAUGUGAGCUGAGAACAGAAGCAGCAGUCCAAACAUGUUUAGAUAAACCUCCGGAGAUUCUCAUUUUGCACCUGAAACGGUUUGGCUGCAAGGGGAAGAGUCAGGUCAAACUGUCGUCCAAUGUUUCAUUCUCCGUGGAACUCGAUAUCACACCAUUUCUAUCCAGCUCGGCGCAGGACGUGUCAUUGUAUCAUCUGUAUGCUGUCGUGAACCACACAGGUCACCUGGACAUGGGUCACUACACAGCACUGUGUUACAACUCGCUGCUGGAGACGUGGCACUGCUUCAAUGAUGCUCUCGUCAGGGAGGUGCAGGAGAGGCUUGUGGAGUCUCCAAAUGCUUACGUUCUGUUCUACAGCUACAAGCCUUUCUAGAAGCCAAAGAUCUAAGGACUCUGAGCUCUCC